UGUGUAUCCUAUUUGCAGGGACCCUCACUGUAUUCUUCGCAUCUUUGGACCCUUUGGGCGGAGACAUAUUCUUCUCAUUUUUGGACCUUUUGGGUGGAAAUAUCUCCUGUACAAUGAGCGACACGGCCAAAGCGGCGCCGCCGCAUGAUGUCUUCGACACCGUCCUCGUCUUGGAUCUAGGAUCUCAGACCAGCCAUCUCAUCUUGAGACGGCUUAGGUCUCUUGGGGUGUACUCUGAGAUGUUACCUUGUACUCAAAAGCUCAAAGAUCUUUCUUGGAAACCAGUUGGCAUCAUUCUGAGCGGGGGACCAUCAAGCGUGUAUUCCCCCGACUCCCCGAGCGUGGAUCCAGCGGUCUUCGAGCUUGGUGUCCCCGUGUUAGGCGUCUGCUUCGGCAAUCAACUGAUUGCGUGGCGUGUGGAUCCAAGCAGCGUAGCACCCGGCAAGAACCGUGAGUACGGCGAAACCGCGCUGGCCAUCCGAAAGGUUGGUAGCCACGGCGAUCGGCUCUUUGACGGACUGGGAGACUCCUUGAACGUUGUCAUGAGUCAUUUCGACAAGGUUGUUCAUCUGCCCGACGGUUUUGAGAUCAUUGCCACCACCAAGGACAGCGAGUUUGCUGGCAUUGCCCACAAAUCUAUGCCAAUCUUUGGCAUCCAAUUCCACCCUGAGAUCUCACACACUGAGCGGGGGACUGAUAUUCUUGCCAACUUUGCUCUCAAGAUCUGCGGCGCCCGAGCAGACUGGAAAAUGGACAACUUCUUGGAGAACGAGAUCGUUCGGAUUCGGAAGCUGGUUGGCGACAACGCCCAGGUUAUUGGAGCCGUCUCCGGCGGUGUUGACAGCACUGUAGCCGCCAAGCUGAUGAAGGAAGCCAUUGGAGACCGAUUCCAUGCCAUUCUCGUCGACACUGUCAAGGAGACUUUGGACAAGCACCUGGGAAUCAAUCUCACAGUGGUGGAUGGAUCCGAGCUUUUCCUCGGCCGCCUUGCAGGCGUCACGGAGCCUGAAGCCAAGAGGAAGAUUAUCGGCGGGACUUUCAUUGACCUCUUUGAGAUUGAGGCACUCCGUAUUGAGAAAGAAGCAGAGAACACAGCUCGUGCCGGAAAGGUUGAAUGGUUCCUUCAGGGGACGCUGUAUGCGGAUAUCGUGGAAAGCUUGAGUUUCAAGGGAGCUGCCAGUUCUACAAUCAAGUCUCAUCAUAAUGCGGGAGGGCUCCCUGCUCGUAUGCAGAAUGGCGAGGCGCAGCUGAAGCUGCUCGAGCCGCUGCGAGAGCUGUUCAAGGACGAAGUGCGGGAGUUCGGUCGGCAAUUGAAGAUCCACGAGGAGCUCGUUGGCAGACACCCCUUCCCGGGACCCGGUCUGGGCAUCAGGAUCAUCGGCGAGGUCACCCCCGAGCGAGUCGAAAUUGUGCGCAAGGCGGAUCACAUCUUCAUCUCCAUGAUCCGAGAGGCCGGCAUCUACGACGAGGUCACCCAAGCCUACGCCGCACUUGACACCAACAGAGCCGUCGGUGUACAGGGAGAUGCUAGGGUUUACGGCUACAUCUGCGUUCUGCGAGCCGUGACCAGCUUAGAUAUGAUGAGUGCCGAGCCAUACGAAUUCAAGUGGAGUCUCCUCAGGGCUAUCAGCAGGCGGAUUGUCAACGAAGUAGACGGCAUUGCGAGGGUCGUAUACGACACCACAGCAAAGCCUCCAGGCACAAUCGAACUGGAGUAAUGAGUUUACUGAAUCGGAUUCAGAGACUGGUUUCUAGGCAGGCCGCUUUUUUUUUUUUUUUUUUUGGCAUGGACCUGAUUUGGCGUUUAGACGGAUAGGUGAUAUAAAUAAAAUACCUAGAGGGCUAUGUGACUUAAAACAGGACUAUACGACAUAGAACUCUUUGCUCUCUGUAGCAACUUGAAUGGGAGGAUUUGGCCGGCCCUAUGAUCAAUUGGUAGCUGGGAUUGGUAACUAAGCCAGGCUCGGCCCAGGAAUCCGGAUAUAAAAGAGAAAUGAUUCCUUGGAGCGGAAUUAGAAAAAUGAAAUGGGCUUUCCUUUUAAAU